GGGGUUGCAUUCCUGAUGAGAGAUGCUGACUAACGGUAGGAUAUAAAAGCACCUCUCUCAGGAAGGCUGAUGCACAACUUGCUGUCCACUACUGUCUACAGAAGCAAUUUCCAAAGCUGUGGGAGCAGAUUUCUGUGGAUUCCGCUGACACGUCCAUUCUGAUUCCACCAUGAUGUCACUUGCACUAGACGAGACUGUGACCUCUUUGGAGACCAGACUGAGAGCCAGUGAGAAGACAGUGGCAGAGCAGAGUGCUUUUAUUAAAGAGCUGAAGGAGAAACAGGCAGAACAAACAGCAGCCCUGAAGGAGCUGAAGAAGGAGAGAGAGGAGAGGAAGGUGUCUUUCUCCGCUUCGCUGCUUGAGUCAGGAGCUGGGAACACAGGGCCCGACGAUGAAGAAGGCAAUCUCAUCUAUCAGAAUGUCAUAACCAACAUCGGUAAUGCCUACAACCCAGACACAGGUGUGUUCACAGCUCCAGUCAAAGGCGUCUACCACUUCACUGUCUUUGCUAUGGGUCAGGGCCACGAAUCCACGGGCACUGGAGUCUGUCUUUAUAGAAACGGAGCACGCGUUGUUACCGCAUGGAGUCGGCAGCCGGACGAGAGGGUGUCCGCGUCCAACGGGACGUCUCUACUUCUGGAGGAGAAUGACGAGGUGUGUGUGAAGCUCUGGCCAAACUCCUGGGUGUACGACAAUGAAAACCAUCUCACCACAUUCUCCGGCCACCUGCUCUUCCCCAUGUGAGCCUGUCGGAUGGGACAGUCCCUCUCAGUACGUCUCCAAGAGCUUGAAGGCCAGGACUUGCUUAGAACAGAUAUUGCCAAUGCACUUGCAAAGCCGUAUCUCAUGCAGUAGAUCUAUCACCCUAAUUGCAAAGCAGAAAAUAGAUCUAUCUAUCUAAAUGUAAAGUAGAAAACUACCAACUGUAUUCAAAAACUUGCUCUCAAUGUCUUGACACUUUCUACAACAAUUGCGACCCUUCUUAUUGAUUGGUUUUAUUUACUUACAGUUGUUACUUACUUACUUUAUUGAUUUAUUUAUUUAUUUACAAUUGUGUUAAUAGACAAAUGUUAAAAACGCUCACCACAGGAAUAUCCUUAGACAGAUCAAAUGCAGGUUUUGUCACUUUGUCCCCUCAGGAUAGCUGGCAGUUUGGUCUGAAAGCUGUGAUGUAUAAUACAUCUUUCAAUAAACACUUGACCCUGUAUUAAUGGAGGCCUUUGUGAGACUGAAUGCUGUGAUUAUCUUCAUUAAAUCUUGAAAUAAUUCACUGCUA